UUGUGUUUCGCAUUCAAACGCUGGAAAUGGCUGGUCGCAAGUCUCAUCAUAAGCCGCAGCAGCAGCAACCGCAGCACAGCCAACCACCACCACCAACACAGCAACAGCACGCGACCAAUGAGAAUGACCAAUCAGUCGAGCACGUCCAACCCGACGAAGCGGAGGACUUCAUCCAAGAACGAAGUUUGACUGUGUCUUCGUCGUCGUCGGCGUCGAAUGCACAGCCACUGAAGACUGCUCCACCGCGGCCCACCACCACCACCACCACCACCACCAGCGCGUCAUUAUCAUCCUCAGGCGGGGCGCAGGGCAGCAGCGGUCGGUCGUGGACGGCGCUGUUUGCUGGAGCUGGCGCUGCGUCAUCAAUCUCAGCCAAUACUGCUUCCUCUGCUUCCUCUUCCUCUUCUUCCUCUGCUUCCUCUUCUGCAGCGACACGUUCAACCGCAGUCGCAGCAGCUUCGCCAUUGUCGGCCUCAUCGUCGGCAUCGUCGUCGCUGCUGUCCGCUUCGACUUCGAUGACCGGGUUGCCGCUAUCCCGCUCCGCGUCGUCGUCGUCGUCCAACUCUAACGCCCAUCCUCCGCUGUCGUCGCCGUCGCCGUCGCCGCGAUUCACUCAGUCGGGAUCGCCAAUGCACGACCCGCUCACCACCGAGAAGCAACAGCUCAUCCUGCAGCUCAAAUUUGCACUCCAAGAGUGCUUGGCCAGGUUUGCCAUCAACCAGCAAGAGCCGCUCAAGAGCGAACCGGCCGUCGUGCAUCUGACCUCGGCCAUCGAAAGUAUAUUUGUGCAUGGUUUCCGCCCUGGUUUGAAAUCAAAGAUGCUCAAUGUGAAAGAGGCAUUCCAAUCGCUGCACGUCGACAAGCACGACCUCGUCAUGCAGUUCCCGCCGCGCAGCCCAUUCUGGGAGUUUGUCGUGCAGUUUACGCGCAAGGCUGCUGUAUCCGAGCUGACAUCCAUUCGUGUCUUGACCACUGACAUUGGUCGCUCUCGCGCCUGGGUGCGCCUCGCAUUGAACGAGUUUUCGCUCGAGAACUACUUGCGUUUCAUUUGUUCGGAAUCCAACAGCAAGCUGUUACGAUCGUACUAUUCACCCACCGCCAUUAUGCUUGACGGCGAGCGCCGGGAUACCAUUUGCAUGCUGAUUGCCAGCCUCGAUACCGUUUCCUUCCAAAUCGCCCUGAACGACCCUUCCUUGAACACGUGGUGCGAGGAGACGCAUUUGUCAGCACCUGCGCCCUUACAUUCCCUUGCACACACCGGAGGUGCUGCGACCACGAAGAAGCCAUCUCAACCAGCCACGCCAAGCACUCCGUCAAUAGCAAUGUCUGAUUUGCCCGAGUCUGCCCACCAAUCCCCAUCUCUGACGCACGACACGUCGUUUGACCGCAUUGACAGUCCAGAGCGCGAGCUGACUACGACAGACGUCGAGCCCAGUGACGUUGGCGCUGAUGAGGGUGUCGAGAGCGAACAGCAGGUUGUUGAUGAUUCCAGUCGCCUUGCCGAACCCAGCAAUGCCCCUCCUAGUAACGAGCAACCCGACUCGCCCAUUUUGGCAGAAGAGCCCGUGCUGGCCGACGAGCCCAUUCUGGCCGACGAGCCGACUCCGACCGAAGAACCGACGUUCGACUCGCCUGUCGGGUCGCCGCCAAACGCAACGACUCGAUCUCCCGUGACAUCUCUCUCUCCCGCAAUCGGAGAGUCCAGCAACGGACUUGACAAUGAUGAAAUGGCUUCGUUCUUUGUGUCCAAGAAGCGCAGCAAGUCGCGCAAGCAGGCCAAAGUGCCCCAGAUUACACAAUUGCACGCCCCUCCACCCGCACCAGAGUCGCCCAGCAAGCGUGCGUCCACCGAUUCUCAGUCACCUGCAGCCACCGACGACGGUGUUUCUGGCGCCCGAAAGUCCAGCUUUUCGUCCUCCACAACUGCCGCUCCUUCCUCGGAACCAGCAACAAUGACUGCGCGCAUGUCGUCCGCCCUGUCUUCUUUCGCCGCGACGGUUGUUCCUUCCGUGUACGCGACGCAGCCAGCCCCUCCAGCACAACACGCAUCCCCGCAGCCUACUCCAGCGCGUGCCUUCGUGUCUUUUAAUCGCAAGGCGGCUGCUGCCGAGCAGGCCGAGCAACUAUCUUCGUUUACCGUCGCGCCGAUGGUGGUUCUCGAUGCAUCGCUGGCUUUUGGUCCGCUCAUCGUUCACGAUGGGCCCCAGCCAGAGUCGACGGACGCGGCAACGCUGCAGGCACCUGCUGGCGAGAAGCCUUCAAGCACUCCGGAUCUCGAAGCACUGCUGAAGCUGCCGUCCUCUCAUCCUCUGGCUGACCUGCAACCCGAGACGUCAGAGCAUGAUCGCAAAACGACUCCUGAAGAUGACGACGAUAAUGAGGAUGUCGCGGAGUCCAAGCCAACACCUGCCGCAGAGCUCCUCGCACAUGUCCCGCUUGUUCCAAAGUCUCCGAUCAAGGAUUUCGAGGAUUAUGGGUCGCUGCUGUCCCGACAUGUGAAUGUUUCUUCCCCGAUUGCUGGUGUUCUGUCGCCUGCUGUCUCGCCUGAUUCCCCAGUCCCUGACGCCGACGAUAGCCAUGACCCAAGCGUUGCCAAGACUGACGAAAAGGCGACAGAGCCUGAACUUCCAGACCAACUUGACUCGCCUGACUCGCCUGACUCGCCUCACUCGCCGCCGGAACUCCAGUCGUCGGCAAAACCCGAUAAUGAGAGUUCGGAACCACCAGUACCAGAGGAUCGUGCCGCAAUCGUCGAUGUAAACCAAUCAAACCAUGCCCAUGAUCCAGUUCCAAUCGAUGAGGCCUCUGUUGCGACGCAGGCGCCAGAGCCAAUUGCGGCGAGCUCUGCACCCGUGUCAGAACGGCCAUCUACCCCUCCGGAGGACGAAUCGGAUGCCACAGCAGUGCGCAAUGAACUCUACGCAAAGCCCAACACAACACGGAACGAGCUGUACACUGGUGGUCACCUUGACCAUCCCACAUCGUCCGAGUUGUCGGCUCCGCCCAACCCAUUCGCAAGCGAGGCUGAAAUCCAGCGAUUGACGGCCGAGUACGAGGCGUCAUUGGAUGCCUCUGCGCGCCGAGUCGAUCGGCCGACCACAACCCAGGCUCGACUUGGGGCUUUGACUGCAUCGCUCGUCGCAGCGUCCAUGACAGCCCGCCAGCUGGCCUUUUCUGCCUCGGCCAACGCAGUCGCUGCCUCUUCCAUGCUUGCCAGCAGUGCUGUCGACGGUAUUAGCUCUUAUCUGCGAGCCGCCAAAAUCAGCAUAGGACAAUCCAGUUCACUAUUUUCGCACUACCAGCAGACGCGCAGCUUGAAGGAAACCCCAAAGUCGGCCGCCCACACGGCUGACGACUCGGAUGGCGAGUUUGAAUUUGUCAUGAACAGCCUGGAGGGCGAGGACGAUCUUGUUGCCGUGUCCUAUCGCGAGGAAAACGACCAUGCGUUUUUGGCGCUCUUGUCGCUCAUCUACGAGCUCGGAGCCGAGCGGGGUCUGGACUCGCAGCUGUACAAGUGCCACGGCUGCAAGUCGCCCAUCGGCAUGGUGUUUGGCCCUUAUCGCAUCUGCAGCUACGACGGUCGCUACUACUGCCAGUCUUGCCACCACAAUGACCUGCGCAUCAUCCCGGCGAGAAUUGUGCACAACUGGGACUUUUCCAAGUACGCCGUGUCCCGUGUCGCGCGUGACUUCCUCGACUACAUGGGGCCGUCGCCCGUAUUCGACAUUCAACUCAUCAACCCGUUGCUCUACGGCCUUGUUGAAGAGUUGCAAGAGGUCAAGUCGCUUCGACAGCGACUGCUGGCAAUCCGCAAUGUGGUGAGCGGAUGCCGGCUCUACGACUCGGAAGGCCUGCCCAGCAGCCAUGAAGCGCCUUCCACGGACAAUGCAGACGUCUUGCCAGAGGAUGCUGAUGCGCAGGACGGCGGGGUCCAGCCGUCCGCGGCUGCUGCUGCUGCUGCCGGAAGCUGGAUUUCGUCCUGGACGUCUGGAUUUGCCCCGCCAGCCUCCCGCCAAGCAGCUUCACGCCAGCAGUCGACAGCGCUCGCUCCUCAAUCUAGCCAACAGGCUGGUAGUGGCGGUGCUGGUGUCAAACCGGGCAAGCUCGGCAACUCCAACCCGCUACGAAAGCUUUUGUACCCACGCGACCACCUGUUGGAUGACAAUGUCGAUCUGUACUCGGGCGAUGACCUCGUUCAACUGCAUGCCGGCACGUUAACCCCGCUGCUGCGCAAAGCAAUCGCCACGGCGCUUCACCACGUGGCCAACUGCAGCGAAUGCCAGGCCAAAGGGAUGAACUGCGCCAUCUGCCGUGGCCCAGACAGGCUGUUUCCGUUUGACACGGACACUGUCGGCUGCAAAGGCUGCCCGGCGCUCUUUCAUCGAUCGUGCUGGAUGGUGCGCGUCGGAGCCUGCCCGCGCUGCGGCCGAUCCCACUCCCGAGGGUGGAGCAGCGGCUCGCAGGCCCUCGGGUUUGAACGUCAACGCCCUGGUCAGUCUGAUGAGCACGUCCUUGCCGCAUCCACUGCUCUCGAGCAGAUGGCGAACGCUGUUGCGGAUAUGUAGGUUUCGAUGUAACUAUGUGUGUUGCGAAUAUACACUGCUUUCUUCUUGUUGCA